ACAAUACGAGGACUAUUGGAGAUUGGUAUGAGCCAAAUUCAGAAAAUUUUACAAGAAGAAUUGAAAGUUUGGAAACUUCGCUGUCGUUGAAUCCCUCACGAAAUGACAGCGGCGCAGCUCGUGUGGAAUUUUGCUCACAGAUGCUAAUGAAGUACGACCACGGACAUUCAAAUGCUGUUUAUGACGUUGUUACAGGAGACGAAACAUGGAUUUAUUGUUUUGAACCCGAAAAAAAAACAACAAUUUUGUGAAUCGGUGUUUGAAGUGAGAAUAGGCCAACAAAGGAUAUCGAAGUGAGAAAGUUUGCACGCUAAGAUGCAUCCAUCAAACGGUAAUGAAAAUUUGAAACGUUUUAAGAAGAUUCCAUUACAUGUUGUCGAAGAGCACAACGAUGCGUUGCAAUUUAUUUACUCAGCCAUAGGAGGAAAGAAAUUACCCGUAGAAGGGACGACUUUAUUGCAUUUAGACUCGCAUCCAGACAUGCUUAUUGAUCGUAAAUUAAAAGGAGACGAAGCAAGAUCUGGGCGAAAAGUUUUAGAAUUAUUGGAGAUUGAAAAUUGGAUCGUGCCCGCCGCGGCCGCCGGGCAUUUGAGCCGCGUGGUGUGGAUCCGACCCCCUUGGGCGAAACAGCUCGCAGACGGCACCCGCGUGGUCAAUGUAGGAGACCACCCCGCUACGGGCUUUCUCCGUGUCGAUAGCAUCGAACCUUACUAUCUCUCAGACGCUUUGUACUCAUCACAACUUGUAAACAAGCGGAAAUUUAUUUUUACCGUCGCAGAACUCAAUAACACCAAUGAGUUUGAUUUCAAUAAGUUAUAUAAUGACAUAGGGAUCUCACAUCCCUAUAUACUCGACAUCGAUUUAGAUUUCUUCAGUACAGCGAAUCCAUUUUUGAGCCUUUAUGAGAACAUUGGCUUGUAUGAUCGCAUUGGGGAGAUAUUCCACUUUAGUAUACCUGAUACAGACGACGUGGUUACUCUGGAUAAUUUUGUUCAACAGCGGGAGAGGCAACUGGAUGAGUUGGAGGAGUUGUUCUCGCAUUUAGAUGAACAUGGGAGCUUAAAUAAUUACGCAGGAAUUCGAUCGAAAUAUUACAAUAAGGUUUCAGACUUAGUACCGUUAGUGACCGCUGAGGCUGAGCGUCUCGGAGAACGCCCAGACUGGUGGGCCAUCCAUGCGGCCGGCUGCACGAAAGAUGGAGAAGGUCUAGAGGAGGAAGGUCUUCCUCACCAUAUUAGCCCAAAUGAACACAUCAUGAAGACAAUAGAACAGACACUAUGUACAUUCUUGAAGGGGUUACCACCACCGGUUUUAAUAACCUUAGCCCGAUCUUCCAAUGAUGGCUACUGCCCUCCUGAUCAGGUGGACUUUAUACAGACUCUGGUCAUUGAACUAUUGAAGGAACUUUACGUGGUGGACGAACCAAACCUACACUAUCUUAACGAAGAUAUAGAGCAAAAAGGAUAAAGUUAUAAGGAGUUGCAACCGCAAUAUUAUUACCUACAUACCAUCCCCCUUAUUCAUAAUAGUCUGCUUACUUAAAGCAUUGCUAAUUCUCAUUUUGUCUUCUUCUAUUGACCUAAGUCAGAAUGAGAAAAAACACUCCUAAGCGGCUGUUUAAAGUUAGCGGACCAUUAUGAAUAAGGGGGUAAGUAUCGCACACGAUACUUUGUAAAGAUGUAUCUAUCACGGGAGACAUUGUAUGAAAAAUUAAUUUAUAUUUAAUUAUGGUACUUAAACAGAUGAUUUUAUUCCACAAACGUGACGUAUCGUUGAUAAAUCUAUCUAGAUUUAUAAGCGAUACGUCACUCGAACUGGCUCAGUUGGAAGAGCGCUAACACUGAACGCGAGAGUUCGCGGGUUCGAGUCCCGCAUCGUUCAUAAUUAUUAUUUUCAAUUUUUAUUUGUGUAUUUAAUCCCAGAAGUGAGGGUUAUUACUUUAAAUAAAUAAAUUGCUUAGAUGUUUUUAUUGGUAAAAACUAAAUGACUUUAAUCAAUUUGCUUGAUGUAUCCGUCUGCUUAAAUAAAUUUUUACUGUUGUUCGAGGAAGUCCAUUUAUAUGUAUUAAUCUAUUAUUACUAAUUAAAAUAUAUUUAGUCUUAUAUUUAACUGUAAAAUAUGUCUACAUUGUAAUUAUCAUAAUGAAUGAGUAAAGUUGGAGAUUUUAAAAUAUCUUUUCUUUUGUUUUUACCCUGGGAGUGAACGCGCGGGACUAAUAAUCACUUAACAUAGAUAGGUACUGUACGUGUACAUUUACUUGUCAAUUUUAAACUUAUCAAUAACCUUUGACAGUUGCCUAUUACUAUGUCCAACUACCUGGUGGUCUUUUCCUUGGAAAGAACCACCAGGUAAAAGUUGCACUGGUAGACCAAAGCAGAGAUGGGCAGAUGACAUCGUGCAGUCGGUGGGGAGUAACUGGAUCGAUCAGGCCAAGGAUAGGGAAAAAUGGAAAAAGUUGGGGGAGGCCUAUACCCUAAAUGGGGUCCAUAACCAAAAUAAUAUAGAAUAAAUAAUUAAACUGAUCACUUUAAAUAAAAUUAACACUAGAUUUUAAGAACUUUAAAUUACUAACAUUUGAUUGUAUAUUAUGGGUUAUGGAAUAAA